UCUGUCUGCACUCAGGAAGCUUGACUGGCGCGUUCCUUCCCAUGAGUGCAGAUCUCUGGCCAUCAGCAUGCUUAUACGACUGAUCCUACGUUCCGUUGGAUAGGCUCGGACAUGUGCGAGGAGGUUCCCGCGGCAAGGGUGUGUGGUGCAGUAGCAGCCCUCCGCCAUCCUGGCCCUGCCUGCAGUCGGAGAUCCCGUUUCCGGUCGCGUAUAAAUAUAUGGGACUCAAUCCCUAGUCGACAUUGUGGCAUCUCCCAUCCUCUUCUCGAUCACUCGCCUCUUGCCUCUCUACAUCUCUCAUACUUCUCUCAGCAGACAUGAGCAACCCGACCCAACAGUGGCAACAGUGGCAGCAGGUGCAGCAGCAGCAAGUGCAGCAGCAGCAAGUGCAGCAGCAGCAAGUGCAGCGGCAGCAAGUGCAGCAGCAACAAGUACAGCAGCAACAAGUGCACCCUCAACCGUAUUUGCGUCCGCUGGAACAGGAGCCGUACAACGCCCCCUCUCACACGACUACGAUACCGGCCCUCGACCAAGCCCCAAUACGCUUCAUAGAUACGCGCACUCAACGCGGUAUUCGAGCCAGGGACAUGUUGAACGGAGCCUUUCUAUACCUCUCGCACGCAGAAGAGCCGCUGCCAAUUCCCGACGAGAUCAAGUCCAAGGUUACGGUUCGCGUUCACCCGAGGGGUUAUAGACCGUUCUCGAAGCCCAAGUACAUUCGCGACACGGAGGGCCGGCCCAUUACCUACUCCAAGAUGGCCCAGCGUGUUGCUGAGGUUCUCAACGAGUACCUCGAGCUUCCAGAGACGAGGGAGACCAUGCCGCCGCCUGGCUGUGUCCGUCUCGGCCCUGGUGGCAUCGGAUUUGAGCACAUUUUCAUCGAGACGUUGUACCACAAGUCCAGGGGCAGCUUCCAGCCGGAGAUUGCCAUCUAUGUAUCGUAGUCGGCUUGCUUACUGACCUGUUGAUCAUGUCUCGUCUCCGUCAUCUCGUACUCGCGUCGUUCAUGCCUUCUUGUGUUUGUAUUUAGUGUUCCGGUCUUAUUUUGAUAGUCGU